AAAAAGAAUCAAAAGAGAAAUGACUGAAAAAACUUAUCAAGUUGUUGUUAUUGGAGAAGGAAGUGUUGGUAAAUCAGCACUUUGUUUAUUGUUUGUUAAAGGAGAAUUUAAUAUUGAAUAUAAUCCAACAAUCGAAGACUCUUAUUCAAUUGAUGUUAAAGUUGGAGACCAAACAGUAAAAAUGUCAAUUAUUGAUACAGCUGGUCAAGAAGAAUAUAUUUCAUUAAGAGAACAAUAUUAUAUUAAAGGAGAUGGAUUUGUCUUAGUUUAUAGUAUUGAUAAUAAAAAUAGUUUCCAUGCUCUUAAGAAUCAUCGUGAUAGUAUUCUUGGUUUAAGAACUGGUCGUAAAACAAUUAUGGUUAUGGCAGGAAAUAAAUGCGAUUUAGAAGAACAAAGACAAAUUCCAAAUGAAGAAGCAAAGAAAUUGGCUGAAGAAUGGAAAAUUCCAUUCUUUGAAACUUCAGCUCAAAAUAAUAUUAACGUAACUGAACUUUUUAAUUCUAUCGCUAGUGAACUCCUUAAAAGUUCACAAGAAGAAACUGCUGCUACACCUUCAACAACUGCUCCAUCUCAAACACAACAAGAAUCUCAAAGUAAUAGUGAAGAUAAUAAAAAAUCAAAGAAAGAAAAGAAGAAAGGAAAAUGUAUUCUUUUCUAAAUAAAUCAAUGUUUUGAUC